AUGUCUCUCAAGGUGAUCCUCGUAGCGUGUGUGGCCGCGGUGGCUUUGGCCGAUAAAGCUCCUGUGCAUCUACCACCUGUUUAUGUACCCACGUACCACGCUCCCGAACCAGUGUACCAUGCCCCUGCACACUACAAGGAGCCAGAGUACCCAACCGUCCCACCCAAGUACAACUACAACUACGGCGUCGCCGACGGCUACUCCGGCGCCAACUUCGGCCACACCGAUACCCCGUGUACUAAGGCUGUACCUUCACUCAUAUCUUUGCUAGACUUUUGCAUCUGCUGUGUCCAUUUUAAAUACACUCAGCACAGGCGAGUGACCUUGAACUCGUCCCAGCAGAGGAUGUGGACCACUAUAUAUACGGCUGAGACACUUCCUCGCCAUCAAACAUCAGCCAUGUCUCUCAAGGUGAUCCUCGUAGCAUGUGUGGCGGCGGUGGCUCUGGCCGAUAAAGCUCCUGUGCAUCUGCCACCUGUUUACGUACCCACGUACCACGCUCCCGAACCAGUGUACCAUGCCCCUGCUCACUACAAGGAGCCAGAGUAUCCAACCGUCCCACCCAAGUACAACUACAACUACGGUGUCGCCGACGGUUACUCCGGCGCCAACUUCGGCCACACUGAGUCCCGCGACGCACAGGCGAGUAACCUUGAACUUGUCCAAGCAGAGAAUGUGGGCCACUAUAUAAACGGCUGA